CAGUAAAAUAUGAGUAGAAUUUAUGAUAUAUGGAUUAUUUAGAAAGAGAUCAAACAAACCAUGACGAAGAUGUGUCGUGUCACAUUUAUAUUUCUUAUUUUCUCAAAGACGCGAGAAGCAUUUCCUGUUGCGUAAAGGGGGAAGAUUUCCUUGUUCUAUCGUAUACAACGAAAGACUUCAGCGUUCAAGAUUGAAAAGCGUUCGGAUGCAUAUUGCACGUGUUACGCGAUCAUAGAGACUGAAUAGAAGAGAUUCUAGUUGUUACGAGGAUACAUAGUAUACAAAGAGUCCGAUUGAUGAAGUAUAUUAUUUUAAAAAAAUACUUUAUCAUGAAUAAGUUCUAAGAAGAUUCGUAAGAUUCUCACGGAGGAGACUACAUCAUCGAGCACACAUAUAAGAGGUAUAUAUGUUAGAAAGAUACUUCGGAGAUGGUUGGAAUAGAUAACGCAUCAGUGAAAGUAAAAUUACCAAGGAUCUAUGGAAAUUUCGUGUGUACCUCUGAUAACUACAAUCUCUGAAUAUCACCCAAAAAUGGAAAAGGAAACGUUUAUUAACGUUGACGAUGAUUCGGCUAAUGAAGAAUGAAAGUACAAGUUAAAAAGUGAAAUGUGUUCACGCGUGAUGCAACACCCGGGGAACCAAGUCGUGGGAGCAAUUAAAAUAAUAAUACGUGGCUUGUAAGGUAGACAUUAAACAAAUCGCGUGAAUCCACAGGGAACCCCCUUUUUUUGUCUACCUCUCUUGCGAUCAUUCUGUACCUAAAAGAGGAAAAAGAUUGAUACGAGUGACGAUAUAUGGAAAUAAAAAAUUACAAUUAUGUUACUCUUUAAGAUCUUUACGUUACAACGUAUAAGAUUUUAUACGAAGAUCAAUCUUAUAUAUAGAAACGAGAAGGAUUCGCUUCACUGGCUGGCUCAUCCUUGUGCCACAUUCUAAGGAUUCCGCGCACGAUAAAUGAUAUAGUACCGUAAUGACUGGCAAAAUCCGCACAAAUUACACUGGCUUUCGUUUGUCCUGACACAUUUUUCUUCCACCGACAUAUCGAAUUGUUCUUCCUGUGAGAAAAUCGACCGAACAAUUUAAGCAACUCGCGCACCAAUUCCCACGUCUAGAAAAGGAACUCAAUUCAGUUGAUCGAUGCGACUAGAACGAGCUAGUUUCAACAAAAAAUAUUGCAUAACGAAAAUGAAAUGUAUUAUUUUGUAUUAUUUAUACACCGACACGGUAAGAAGUAUCUGAACGUGAUAUUUUCUACUGGAAUUAAAGACGGCCUAUUACGCAAAGUGCAUUAGCGCAAGACUCCCUAUCUGCUCCUGAAAGAGUACGAUAAAUUUCCAUUUCGACCCCUUCGAAGUUGGCACGUGCAUAGCGCACGUGUACUCUUCUGGCCGCUUAAAAUCCGCAUCUUCGAUAGACCGCACCAUUGACGAUUAAUAAGAGCGAAUCUGCACCGAUUUCGUUGUAGAAUAUAUGUAUACAGGGUGUCUUGUACUAGACUUGAUCCUUUAAAAGCUAAUAUCACAAGAAACUAUAUAUUUGAGAUGAUCAAAAGACAAACGGAACACCCUAUGUAUAUGGACCUAUUCAGGAUGCUGAUCUUUAGACGAAUGGUGAUUUCUAAUCUCUCGAUUGUGCAAGAAAUUCCUUAUUUUAUGGUACUACUAUAUUUACAUUAUUUUUCUUCUUCAAAUUCUCUCGUAUUACUCGAGCAAAACAGUGGCGAAUAAUAAUCGUGUAAAUUCGUAGCUGCUGACGUUAAUUAUGAAAAUUAUCCUUUGCUAGCCGUAGGAGGAAACCGUAAGAGCAGAACGUAAACGAAUGAAUCGUAUCAUUAGCUUUCCGAACGAUUCCAUCGUUUGCACCUUACUUAGCUGAAGUUAAUUGUCUGCUGCAUUGAAUUAUACUUUCUUCGCAAUUAGUUGGAAGAAGGUACAAUGAACAAGCACGUAAUCCGUUCAUGGCAUUGUUAUCUUGAAGGCACACGGCUAAUUAAACACGCACGUCCCUCUUGACCCCACCUCUGAAGACUCACCUAUACAUCCGGUCCUUUGGUAACAAAAAAAAAACUCUCACGGGAAUUGCACGUGCAGGUCGUAACCCUUUCAACUUUUCUCCUUGAAGGAACAGUAUCGAAGAUAAAUUUUCAAAACAUAUGUAAUGUUUUCGAGAAAACUCAUCUCAUUAUACUGACAGAUUCGUUAUAUAUUAUAUAAUUUAAUACGAAGACCUAACAAACAUAAAUUCACUAUACAUCGAGGAGUUUUAUGUUUUGUCUAAAACUUCAAGAAGGAGACAUCGUGAGAGAGAAAGUUGUAUGUAUCCAUCUAUCUAUCUAAUAUCGUAUACAGCAUCUUUGUGUUGACUUACGAUUAAUAAAUCAAGAAAUGUAAUCGCAGCAUACAUAGAAAAUAUUGGUAUAGAUUGUCGAUCUAUAUGACAGAUAAAAAGAUCAAUGUCUCGUUGUUUGGAAUCAAUGAAGGAGAAAACGAGUAUCGAGUAGGAGGAUUCAUAUUCAAUGAAGCAUAUAAACGUUCUUCUACGUUUACUUCCUCAUUAAAAUAAUAAUAAUCGUUUAUAAAAUAAUUUUUUUCCUUAUCUCUAUAAAUUUAAUAUUUUUAAUCUAAUACGUUUUGUUUCCACGCUAGAAUUGCUUCAAGUAUAUACUCGCUAAGUUUAUGGACCAAGACGAAAGGACGAUCACCUUCUAGAAUAGAGAAAUCGAAUACACCGAGUUAACACUCCAUUACGAUUUUUAAUUAAGCACCCCUCGUUUCACGGUCGAGCACACGCUCACUCUCAAUCGUCAGAGCAUAGACCGUGGAAAGCUUUCGACUCCGCCGACUAUCUUAAAUAUCCGAGACAUUACGAAAUCUCUUCUGACGGUAUAAUAAUUCCAGUUUUAUUUUUUUCCUUUUCUAUUUCUCCUUUUAUUAACAAGAAGAGACCUUGCGAUUCGUGAUGAACGAGAUCACAACGAUAGUCUCGGUGAGCGCAGCCGAUGGCUCUACUUCAAGGCAAACUCUAUUUUCAGAAAGAUGGAUCUAGAAUGAGACGAUCGUCGAUGAUGAUGAUGAUGAUGAUGAUGAUGAUGAUGAUGAGGAAUAGAUCUUUAUGUGUACGUUGAUCUAAUAAUUGCAAAGGAUCAAGGACUAUAGUCGCGUAUACCUUCAUAACCUUUGGUAUUUUCAUUUUCUUUAGAAGAUGAAAUCAAAAUAGAUGGGUACGUGAUAAGUACAAAAACAAAAUGGAAGUAAAAAAUAAUGAAAUGCAAAUAACGAAUGUCACGAACAAAGGAAAAAAAAAAAAAAAGGUUGAACGAUCUCCGAUUAUAUUCUGAUUCAGGACGAACGAGACUCACGUUGGAUCGUGCUCCUGCUCGAAGACGGCAUGGUGUAUCUCGUCUCGUCUUUGCUGUACGCUCGGCUCUUGCUUUCACUUUCUCACAUGGUGGAAACGAGAAGAAACCCUCUUCAUCCGCUCUCCCUUCUCCUCCUCCAUCACCACCACCAUGUAACAACGAUCUCCUUUUAGAAUCGCUCUUCUCUCUUUCAUGAAUUUAUCGGUUCGUUUUGCCAACAGUGCUUCUUCGCUAGCUGGUACAGACUUGUGAACAUUCUUUAAUUUAAAUAACAUAUAUUAUUUAAAAGAAAAUGUUAUAUUCAUCGUCGAGUAAGCUGGUUUCCCAUGAAACAUUAUAUGUGAGAAGAUCGCUUCAAAUGAAAAUAAUAGAAAAUUUAUUCUCUCUAGGUUUAUUGAAUAAUGUAUUAUUCAAUCUCAUUAGAGUUUGAUUCUAUAUAAGUAAUAUAAUAUAAAACAUACGACAGAGUUUAAAUCUAUGAGUCGAUUAAAGGAAAACCGGAAAUGACAUAAAUCGUCUGAUCGAGGAUAUAUAUAAUAAGAAGAUUUAAAGAAUUUCUUCAUGCUUUCUCCAGCAACGUGACUGUAACGACUAAGAUCAUUAAAGCGCCAUAUAUGUGAUGUACCAGUCACGUAGGUCAGGAUCGUAAGAUCCCAAUUUAUUGUUCUUGUGUAAAAGAUUUCUUUACUUGUAUACACUCGAAUACAUUAUGCAAAGUAUGCGUUGUACCACGCCUCUAUAUUUAUCUCCGUAAAAUUGUCCUUUUCUCUUCGAGAAAAGAAAUCUUACUGCAGUAGUCCGAAUGGGACAGAGAAGGCCAAGAAAAAUCUUGCACUUUCACCGUAUCAAUGGAUGAUGCGCCAAGGAAAAAGACAGAGAAAGAUAUAGGAAAUACGAAUGACCACAUUCCACUUGUAUAUUAAACGAUGGUCCAAGACUGAGAGAUAUGUAUAGAUAUAUCUGGAAUCGAAAUUAAUUGACGGAAGUACGAUGUAUUUCGCAUACGUUUAGCACCUUUUUAGCAUCCGCUUGAGCAAGAAACUUUGUUGGGGACACUAGAGCCAAGCAUCCGUUGCUUGGUUGAUGCUGAAAGCAAGAAAAAAAAAAAAAAAAAGAAGAGAAAGAAAAAAGAAAGAAAAUGAAUACACGAAGAAGAGAGAAAUAAUAGCCAAUUUCUCUCUCAAUCAAAUACUUAUUGAUGAAUAGAACAAUAUCUUGGACAAGAAGAAGAGCGUGGGUUCAACAAAGAGAGACGAGGAGAUCGACGUUGAUUUUAUACUUGACUAUCCCUAUUGGUAAAGAUUUCAUCGCGGAAAGACACUUUGGAAACCUUUGACCUUACUAGCUUUCUCCAAACUAUUCGAUUAGAGUUUCUUUGGUAAUUGUCACGACCAAAUAAUUUUAACAUAACAUUUCACAACUCGAUCAAAUUUGCAAAUGUUUACAGAUAUAAAUAUGUCUUUAACAAGGAUAAUUUCUUCCCAGAAUGAAACAUUUUCAGUGAGGGAAAUCACGAAAAAUACUAGUCUGGCAACUAACGACUGCUAUUCGUGAUCAUCGAGGAGACCUUCCUUUCUCCAUAAAGGCGAUUCUCGUUUGCAAAUACCGCGACACGAAGACCUGGAGGAAUCUUCAUCGAAGUCCUUACACCCACACAUUUCUUCUAUGUUGUCUAUGUACGUGUACGUGUAAGUCAGAAGGCUUGUGGAUGCCUGUAAAUAGACGUGUACGCCUGUAAGUGCAAAUAUCGUGCCAUCUACGAUAGGGGACCCGCUUCAGAGACAACUUUCGCCCUCCAAGGCUGAGAAGAUUCCUCGAGUCGAGCUCAUCCCAAGCAUAAUAGACGUCUCGCGUGCGACGGUCAUUGAAAAAUAUAAUACUCUUACUCGUUAAUUAACCGUUAUGAGUAGCGUGUAACUAUGACACAAUAUCUCUCUAAUGGUUAAUGGAUAACGGAAUGACAAAUAAAAAUAGAUUAAAUAGGUGACAAAUGUAUCAUCGAGUCUUGCAGAUGCAGAAGAGAACGCAUGUCGAGCAAGGAUGCGUAGCAGAUCGGAUUGCAAAAUUUCAAUUCUCAUGGCAUGACCUCGAUCUUCGCAAGACACUGAACGUAACCACAAAUCAAACUACACGAGUCUUAUUCCCCGAGGUCUUUCAGUUUUCGAGGCCUAAUACGAUGUUAAUUGCCAAGGACGUGUCUCUAUUACGAUGAGGAAUAGACUACUGAAUUACGAUGUGUCCGUAUCUAGUAUCCGAUGAGUCCAAAUGCAUCUUCCAAAUUAGAUCUUUCAAAGUGCAAGUUGUACUGUAAGAUUUUCAUUAAGGAACCAAGAAAAUUUAAUCGUACUCAUUUGCAUCUCUUGGUUCAGACUCGACUCUCUCGCUAUCCGAUGAAAGCCUCGACAUUCCUCGAUGAAAUCGAUAGCAUCCGCUUAAGGCAACUGACAGAAAGAAAGAGAGAGAAAGAGAAAAAGUAUAUUUUGCUACAGGGAAUACCAAUGCGCAUUUCAAAUGAGCGCGUUGAUCGCGCAGAUGAGCUCCCUGCUCUUACUAUUCCUAGAGGACGAGCUUCGUGAUGUGACGUAAUGCUACGUUACGUCUUCUUCUUCUUCCCCCCUAUAUACGUACAUACGCGUACAUUCUCUCUUGGACCUGAGGCCCCCUCCUACUACCAUCCUCGGGCCCUGAUAUCCCAUCCUCUCAGAAAGUUGCGCACAUCUCCGUCACAGAACUCCCUUGGCAAGACCUCAGUCGUCUUUAAGAGUUCGUUCACGAAGGUAAUCCUCGACUGCGAAAAUCUUCACUUUAUACGAGUUCUACGAAGACGAUCAUGAAGUCUUUAGGACCAUGUCUUCUUAUACUUCCGGUGAUUAUAUUAUGGGGCACAACGUUGGCUCUUCAACGACCUCCACCGAGAUAUUCUCAGCAAUACAUGCCGGAAACUGGCUUUACAUGUCGUAACAAAAUAGUUGGUAGUUAUUAUGCUGAUCCUGAAACAGAUUGCCAAGUUUUUCACGUUUGCGUUUCUGUGGCUGGCAGUAUUCAAGAUUAUAAGUUCCUGUGUCCCAAUGAUACUGCUUUCGAUCAAGAGAGUCAAACGUGUGCAGAUUGGUACGACGUAGAUUGUGAAGCUGCGACUCUUUAUUACGCCAGCGAUAAUUUUGAUUUGUAUAGACUUGGUUCAGGAUUGGAGUCUCCGCAUUACGAUACGAUACGCAGCGAUGAUGAACCCCAAGAUAAUCUUCAAAGAAGUGAAAGCAAUGAUCCGGUACGGUCAUCGGCAAACACACUCAAUCGAGUUUCUUCUGCUAAUUAUAACAACAACAACAACAACAAUAACAACAAUAAUCGAGAAGUUUUAAAUAGUAACAGCAAAGUUAAUUUUUAUAAUCAUAGAACAAAUAAAGAUGAUAAUUAUGAUAACGAAAGAUCUUACAAAGAUGAAACAGUGACUACAGAGAAAAAGAAAACGGGCGUCAGGAAAGUGAGUAGGAAACAACCCUACAACGGAAAUACCAACGAUUAUUCUGUAUCAAGCACGGCAAUACCAUCGACUUAUAAUAGUCAGAAUAAUUACAAUGGAAAUUUUUUCAAUAACAACAACAACAACAACAACAACAACAACAAUAAUAACAAUUACAAUCAACGACCGACUACAUCCGGUUCAUCUUCCACGAUUCGACCCCAAGAGAACUAUAACAGGAAUCAGAAUAUUCAAAAAUAUACCGUGACUGCGUCCUCGACUUAUCGACCCAACACGAAUUAUCAAGAUUCUUACAGUAGUUACCAACCACCAAGUUCUACCGCCAGGCCAACCGUUUACAAUACUUACAACACGAACAACAAUUAUAAUCAGGAUAAUUCAGGAUCUUAUACACCUAGCACUACAUUAAGGACAACAAAUUACAAUGGUAAUGGCAACAGAAACGGAUAUCAACCUUACAAUGUUGGACAGUUCACACAGUCCAGCACUGUAUUACCUAGCACGAAUUAUCAAGCGAGUGAUUAUACAAAUUAUCAGAAAAAUUAUAACGUUCAACGCACUAACGGUAAUAAUGGAGGAUACCGUCAAUCAACAACUAUUGCCGCUACAAUUUAUGACAAUAAUUAUGGCAGUGCCAGCGAACAGUAUAGAAAUGGACAUAGUUCCACUACAUCAGAAAUAAGUCAGACCACCUCGAAACACUUCACAAAUUAUGCAGGAAGCAGUUACGCUCCAACUACUUAUAGUCCACCAACGAAGAAGUACGUCCACACGGACAACAGUCCGGCUCAAUCGGUGUCUCGAAGUAACGAUCGCUACAACAGUCAACAAUCAUCGGAUAACAAUCAAUAUUACGAUAAGAACGAACAGACGAUCAAAUCUUCUACUCAACAUUAUGACAAUACAAAAACCUCAAAAAAGGGAACGCAGUACAACAAUUAUGAGAGCUCGAAUAGUGGAAAAUAUUAUAUUGAGACUAGUACAGAUAAUUAUGAUUUCGGAAGAGCUUCAGUAGGUAUAGGUUUCAGUCCUGCCAGUAUAAAUCAUUUGGCUGAGACACCCAGGUCUACGACACCAGUUCCUAGAAGACAAGCUAGUGCAACCACGUAUAAUCCGAACAGCUUCAGCAGUAAUACUCAAAAGCCAUCGUCGAUAAAUACAACUCCUCGAAGUAGCACAUAUGUCAGCGGAUCGGCUAGACCUUUCACAUCCACUACCAGAUUCGUUAGCAGUACAACUGCUCGACCAAAAUCAGGAAAAAAAAAUGAUUACGAUUACGCGUAUUAUGAUAAUGCUGGAGGUCCCGAAUAUGAUGGUCUUGAACUUGAACAAGUCACUGGGAACAAGGAAUCCUCUAAACUAUCGAGAAAUUGAUCAAACUUUCUCGUAGCAGUUCUCUUCAAAAGUAUUUCGGAGUUGGUCGUUAGGAAGCGUUUUUAAUUGAAGAAUUUAAAUAACCAGUUUUUGAUGUGUCUUCCAUAUUAGAAAAGAGAUGAUUGAAAGGAAGACAAUUAUUGAAAACUGAUUGGAAGUCGUAAAUCACAUUUAACAAUUUCGAUUCGAUAAUAUGAAUGUCUUAUUUACUAUUAUUAAUUAAUUAUUAUCGCUGAUAUUCUCAUGAUUGAUACGCUAUCGUUUAUCAUCUUUGUCAGUAUUACGAAAUAUUAGUAAGCAGGCGAUAAUAUUUGAAAGUUAUUUUUAAUUAAAAAAAGAUAUAUAAAUUGUUCACUAUUAUUGCACUCGGAUAUUUACAUGAUAAGAAACGUUUCUAUAUUUGUUUUAAAAUGUUUUAGAGAUUAAUAUAUUUUAUAUAUUUUUGUAAAUAUAUGAAUGUUUAUUCAGAGAAAUACGCAUAAAAUACUUGGAAUUCAUAGAAGAUACGAGUUCAUUCAUAACAGCCGAAGUAUGCGUAUAGAUCUUGUAUACUAAAAAUGCU